UUGUAUAUCCUCAGUGAAGUGAAAGACCCCGUGGUGUAUGCGUCUCGAACAAUUUUUAGUUUUCAUCUCGUCAGAGGAAGAUAAAAAUUACGCUGCCCACACCAUUCAUAUCACCACCUGGAAAGUGUCAGUGUGCAUGAAUAAGUGAUAGUGCAUUAUUGGAUUAGCAGAGUGCCAUCAACACAGGAUCAACGGAGGAAUUCAAUGAGAUGUUAAAAACCCACUGAUGGAUCACCAUUGGAUCUCCUCAUCUGCUCGAAUAGCGCUGCUGUCUGGAGGAUGUGAAUCGUGUGGAGACAUUAUCUCCAAGGGCCCCACAAACGAGCACUAAAAACGAUAAAGAGCCUGGAGCUUACAAGGAGUCAAAAUAAUCCAUGAUGACUUCGAGAUUACCCCUGGUGAUUAUUACGACGGCGUUGGCCAUCGCCCUCGUCGCUUCAGCCGGUCUGGAGGGACCCAAUGUCUGCACGAGACAGGAAACUUAUACUGUCACUGUCAACGUUUCCGAACAAAAACCGUACAAAAUAAGAGAGAACGCCUGGUGUUUCAGCUUUCCACCGAGGUGCUCCACUUAUCGUAUGGGAUUCAAGACCGUUUAUAGAACACAGGUUCUGACGAAACAAAGACCAGUGGAUGAAUGCUGCAAAGGAUACGGUGAGACGCAAUUAGGCGACAAAUGCCUUCCAAUUUGCUCCCAAGAUUGUAAACACGGCUUGUGCAUUGCCCCAGACGAGUGCAAAUGCGAAAAAGGAUACGGUGGUCCUGCGUGUGAUAUUAAGUGUCCUCUUGGUAAAUGGGGUCGUGAUUGCAGUGAGGAUUGCACUUGUAUGAAUGGAGCAUCAUGUGAUCCAUUCGAUGGAAAGUGUAGGUGCAGCAAAGGAUGGACUGGGAUUAGUUGCGACCGGAAGUGCUCACCAGAUCGUUAUGGACAGGAUUGCGGAGAGGAGUGCAGAUGUAGAAAUGGUGGAAGCUGUCAUCACAUCUCUGGAGAGUGUCAUUGUGCCCCUGGGUACACCGGACCACUCUGUGACGACCUAUGCCCUAAGGGCAAGCACGGUGAUGAGUGCAAGACUGAGUGCAGGUGCCAGAAUGGAGGAUUUUGUGCACCUACCACUGGAGAGUGCUUCUGUACUCCUGGAUGGAUUGGAGAAGUAUGUGCCAACAGAUGUCCAGACAGUUUCUGGGGUAACAAUUGCACCGAGGAAUGCACGUGUUACAACGGAGCAGCAUGCCAUCAUGUAAAUGGCACGUGCAUAUGCAAACCAGGAUUCUAUGGUGAUCAGUGCUUCUACAGCUGUCCCAAGGGAAAGUUUGGGAAUAAUUGCGAGAAAAAUUGCACUUGCAAGAAUGAUGGGAGCUGCAGGCCCACAGAUGGGGCUUGUCUUUGUGGUCCUGGGUGGACGGGGGUGAAAUGUGAGAAGAGGGCUUGCAGGGACGAGGCUUAUGGUCCCAAUUGCACCAAGGCAUGCGAAUGUGAGAAAGAGAACACUGAACUCUGCCAUCCGUGGACUGGCCAAUGUGUCUGCAAAGUUGGCUGGGAUGGUGCUACUUGCGCUCGCCCUUGUUCUUUCUAUUAUUAUGGUGAUGGCUGUGAAAAUCGUUGCAACUGCAAAAACAAUGCUCAGUGUAAUCCAGUAAAUGGCACAUGUAUAUGUGCUGCUGGGUUCAAGGGUGAAGAUUGUAGCGAGAUAUGUACGAAUAAUACAUUUGGAGAGGACUGCGCUCAAAAGUGCUCUUGCAAAAAUGGAGCAACGUGUUCACCUGAAAAUGGACGGUGUAACUGCACUGCAGGAUGGGAUGGUGUGCUGUGUGAUCGUCCCUGUGCCGACGGUUCAUUUGGAAUAAACUGCCAGGACAAAUGCCAGUGUCUUAACAAUGCCGCCUGUAAUCCCCAGAACGGCACAUGCACGUGUGCAGCCGGAUACCACGGUGAGCACUGCCAGGAGAAGUGUGCAAAAGGAUUAUUUGGCCACGAGUGCACCCAAUUCUGUGAUUGCGAGGAUGAGAACACUGUCGAGUGUGACUCAGCCACAGGUCGAUGUUACUGCAAGCCUGAGUGGCGAGGAAUAAGAUGCGAGACGAGAUGUCCUCCGGGUAUGUAUGGGGAUGACUGUGCCUCCACGUGCAACUGCAUGAACAAUAGCUCCUGCGAUCCUCAGACAGGAAGCUGCGUUUGCGCCAGGGGUUGGGAGGGUGCUGAUUGUUCUCAGCCGUGUAAACACGGCUGGUACGGUGUUAGAUGUAAAGAGAAAUGUCCCGAGAAAAUGCACGGAAAUAUGACUUGUGAUCAUGUCACUGGAGAGUACGUCUGCAGGCCUGGGUAUUUGGGGCUCACCUGCGAGCAUCCCUGUCCUCCAGAUAGAUAUGGGUUGAAUUGCGCUAAUCGAUGCGAUUGUAAGAACGACGGAGAGUGCCAUCAUGUCACAGGAAUCUGUCAGUGUCGACCAGGUUGGAAAGGUGAACGUUGCCAGACUCCUUGUCCCCAAGGCACCUUCGGUACCAACUGUACCCAACACUGUAAAUGUCAGAAUGGAGGAAAGUGCAGAGCUAACGAUGGUGUUUGCAGAUGUCUACCUGGAUUCACUGGUGCUAGGUGUACAGAAAUCUGCCCAGAGGGUUAUUAUGGUGACCACUGCAUGGAGCCCUGUGAAUGUAAGAACGACAACUUCAUUUGUCAUCCCGCCCAGGGCUGUUCAUGCAAACACGGUUACACGGGGCCCAACUGCGAUGACGAGAUCUUCUCCAGAAAUGUCCAGGAAAAACCCGAGUCCGGAUAUGGGAGUGUCAUCUCAGGAAUAUGCGCAGCAAUUCUGGUGAUUGCGAUAACCCUGGCAGCUUGGAUGUACCACAGACGUCGAGUGGCAAAUCUCAAGAUGGAAAUUGCUCAAGUGCAGUACAUAGCUGAACCAGUAACUCCCCCAGAUCGCAAUCACUUCGACAAUCCUGUUUACUCUUAUCAAGGAGCGCCCAAGUCUGACGAUGGGACAGCAACUCUCCUGAACAAUGGGCUAAUUCGAAAUAAUCUUGGGAUGAAAAAUGUCAACAGUGAGAGGGCUAAGCUGGGAUUCUGUGGAGACGAUGAUGAGGAGAGCUGCAAGGGUGCUUAUGGCAUUCAGUAUGAUCACUCGGCGUCGUUGAAGAACAAGGAUGCUGAUCUGGGAAAUCCCAAUGUCAAUGUUUACCACAGCAUUGAUGAGAUGGACUGCAAGAAAGCUGCUGAACAUCUUUACGAUGAGAUUAAGCAGAAUAAUGGGGAGAUGGAGUACGAUCAUCUGGAUUACACGAGACCGAUGAGUGCGUGGAAACCGCAUUACCAGAGGAUGGCCAAUGGAUUUGGACCUAGUAGGGAUGGCAGUGGAACAAGCAAAGCUAGUCGCAAUGAUAGUGAUCAACCUGGGGCGUGCUGAGGAUCGUGGGGUGUCCUUUUGAGACUUUGUAAGUUUUAAGGAAUUUUGAACAUUGUCCACAGGCUGCUCCAUACUCAAUCAGAAAUUCCCAGAAUCAAAUCAUUUUCAGAGAAUUCUUGAAUGAUUUUUGAGAGUUCUGAGGAGUCGAGUUAUUUCUUUUGAUAUUUAUAAUUAGAAAUUUUGGGUUUCACUUUCAUCGAUUAUACUUACUUAUUUCUGAAAUUGCUUGGGUUAUUCAUGAUUUCAGUCUCUCACGUUCUCGAGUUUUAUUAUUUCAUGUGACCGAAAUUCAGGGGAAUAUUUAUCUGGAGUCAGCGAGUUUCCAAGAGGAAUCAUUGGGAGUUGCGGAUGAGUUAAAAAAUGAUGGUGUUAUUUUUUUCGUUGUAGUUUUUCGGAAUAUCAUGGAUCUUUGAAGAGAAAUUAUUAAAUGACUUUCUAUGUAUAAAAUUUCAUAGACGUCAGGAAAAAAUAGUGCAUGUAAUUAAUGUAUGUGAAAUCAUUUCACAGGGUAAUUUUUUGAAGAACGAAGGUGUGCGUUGAAGAAUCUCAAAAUCUAUCUGAAACUCAUCUCUCCAUUUUUCCCAUCGAAUAAACAAGAGUGUAAUAGCUUUUAUGAAUUUCGAAGGGAAAGAAAUAUCAUUCGAAUAGAAUAAUGAGACUCUAAAAAUAAUUCGAGGAAAGAAUUUCAAACAGAAAAAUGAGAACAAAAAAAUGAUUACGUCGAUCGUUCAUCGUCAUUGAUCUCCAUCUCCUUUUUUCUCUACAAAAUCCUGUGCAAUUUCCAUUCUAAUGAAGACUUUUAUACUUUACCUUUUAUCUGCAUAAAAGUUCUUUUCAUAAAAAAUCUUUUAUUGUAUAUAGAAGCAUUAAAAGGCAGGGGAUUGAGUUGGCCCGAUUCCUCUGAAUGAAUUUUCCUUUGAAAUAAAAAAAAACAUUGUACAUAAAGUCGAUCAAACAAAUGAGGAGGCUUCGAGCUUGAUUUUAAUUGUCCUAUCACUGAGCUGAUGACUUUGUCCCAGAUUUUUCGAUUCCCCUCGGGGAAUUGAAUCAAUGUCUGAAUGAACUUGUACAGAUUCACUGCCUUGGGAACGUACUUUCUAUUCUGGUACAACUUGGCACUUUUAUUCCUUUUUAUAUCCACUGAUAUAGCGUAUAUUAUACAAUGCAUAUGUAUAUUGAUUAUAUUUAUAUCUAAGAAUUGUUGUAUUUUGUUUAGAUCUAUAUCGUAUCAAGAAGAGAAAAACAUUACAAAAAGAAUUUUUAUCCGGAUAUUCUAUUUCUUUUUUCAUUAAUAACUGGAUGAUUACGAGAAAAUAUUAAUAAUCAAUUCGUUUUCACAAUGGAAAAUGGUUUUUCUUGGGUAUUUAUCCAAUUAUUGAUCUAUUCGUCGUUGUUACGACUGUGUUUACCCUGUGAUAAGUCUGUAAAAGUAACGUCUUCAUAUCGUAGACUAAUAAUAGAUCGUGCGUAAUUUUUUUUUAACAUAAAAAAAUAGUUAUGUGUAAUCAACUGGGAAUGAAUAAAAAUGAGAAAAUUUCAA